AUACGCCAGCUCUAGACAUGUUUUUUCUGGCCCUGGUUAUCGGAGUCGGUCUUCCAAGUGUCUCGUGGUCGGCAGAAAAUUUCGUCCUGACUGUAGAUGGCGUCGAAUACAAGGCCGAGUGUUCUCUGCAGCGAGUGAUCCUGUCCGGAGGGACCUGUCCGAAAAAUUGCCCCAUCGAAGACAUGUGUGCUAUCCGAGGAAUACCUUACGCCACCGCUUCCAGAUUCGAGAGACCGCAAGCUCUCGACGAGACUUCACGGAAGGAAUACCACGAGAAAAAAGAAGACACUGUCCAUUGCGCUCAAACCGACCCAUUCACGGGCGAUACGAUCGGAGUGGAAAACUGUUUGGUCGUGGAUCUAUACUUUCCUCGGGAUCGGAACCAAGCCCAAACUCGCAAUCUGGUCGUCCUGUUGGAAGGAAUGGAUUUCGAAACUUCAUUGGCAGGUUUCCUUAGUCCGGAAAAUUCUCCUGGUGAAACUGAGUCGUAUGUGCUGGCAGUCGUGCAUUACCGCACCGGUGUUUUCGGUUUCAUGACUCUCCAGGAUGAGCUGAUGCCAGCGAACCUGGGUCUCUGGGAUCAACAAAUGGCCUUCAAGUUUCUGAGAGAUCAUGCAUCUGCCCUGAAAGUGAACAACGAAUUCAUAGCGCUCGGCUUCGAUACUGGAGCGGUGGCGUUGCACCUGCACAUGCUUAACCCAAUAUCGCGCGAGUUUUUCAAACGAGUUCUCCUGUCCGGAGGGAACGCCCUCUCCCCGGGAGCCGUAACCCCCGAUGCCGUGACUUCGACUAUGACGUUGGCGAGCAGACUGAAGUGCGACAACUCAUCGAUGAAAGCUGUUGCGAAAUGCUUGCUCAAGCACCCGAAGGAAGACCUGCUGAAGCACGCCAGAGCCGAGCCCGCCCUACGUUUUGCCAGUGUCGUCGACGCGGAUACUUCCGAAUCAAAGUCGUCCGACGCCUUCAUCGGCGCUCCUGUGGAAGACCUGAUGCGGGAGAAGCGAACCGGCAAAAUGGAAGUCAUCAUCCACAGCUAUCCGGCCCUCGGAGGUUUGAACCUGUUCGCUCGGAACAAGGUCAGAGCUUCGAAAGAAGACGACGACAUCAAGUACAUCGGGAAGUUUCUCGACAUGUACGGCGAGCGGACGGCAGAAACGGUGGCCAAUCAUAUCUUCAAUCAAUACUUUAAGAAGCCGGGUGUGAAGAAAGAUAUCGAGAAAGAUCCGAGCAAGUUCAUCGACCUGCUGACCGACUUCAGCGUGGGGUAUCCCGUUCACGGCUUGGCGACCAGGCAAAUCCAGCAGUAUGGAGAUGCGACGAAAGUCGAAUCCUAUCUCCUCCUCGACCCUCGAAACGGAGGUCUCAAGAACGAAGCUGCCCCGAGUUUCGCUGCCAAGCUCAAGAACACCAAAGUAGACCAAUUGGAAGGUCGAUAUGGUUCUACUCUAGAUGACAUGCUCCUUUUCGUCGGGUGCAAGAAAGUUCCUGUUGCUGUCAGGAAUGACGACAAGAAUUCGCGCGAGGUUCUGGGUGUUGUCUCCAAGAAUGCCGCGAUAAUCACGAAAGGCUUGAAGUGUCUCCUGGAUCCUGAUAAUUGCGAGGCACCCAUCUCAUCCGAUACAGAGAGAGGGUACAAAGGACAGCAGACCGUCGCCACCUCUGGUAGUGGAUUGGACGUCACCGAUCCUUAUCGGUACAGAGAACUCUCGUUGUGGGGUCCCGUUAUCACUACGGCGUCCGCGAUGAACAAGCUCGAGGUUGAAAACCGAGCUCUGGAACGAGAAAAAGAGAUGGACGGAUCGCUGAAGGCUGCUGGAGCCGCGUUAUGGGCCAUGAUCGUCGGCUUGAUCGUCCUGGCCGUGCUCAGCAUUAUCUUGGUCGGGGUUGUGGUGAAGAUGGUGAAGGAAAAACGCCGAGCUCCCUCUGUCAUGACGAUUGAGAAACCAGCCAGAUCGGGAGCUCAUUACAGCGCGGGCAUGGAGAGCGUCACCGUUGAAGAGGCGAACCACAUGUGAACAUUCCCUUCCUCCCCAUGCGCUUCCGUCAGCUGUUCCGACGGAGAGCACUUUCAUUGUUUUUCAUUCCAGCACCACGACAUUAUAGUCUGCCAGAAAUGAAUAAACGAACGAUCGAAUCA